CUACAGCUGUCAAUGUUUGGGACCCCGAGCGUAGUUUAAUAGAGCGCUAGAGCUGAAAAAGUUAGCCGAGGCAGUAAAAUUAUUUGUUUAAAGAUUUAACUGUCACGAAUUUGGAGUAAUGCGGACAACUGAAAGAAAGUGAAAAGCUAGCUGCCAUGACUGUAGUUAUUGGAUUUGAAGGCAGUGCCAAUAAGAUCGGCAUAGGAAUCAUCAGGGAUGGUGAAGUGCUUUCCAACCCUAGACGGACCUACAUAACCCCACCUGGUCAAGGGUUCAUGCCGAGUGACACCGCCAGGCACCACCGUGCUGUCAUACUGACCGUCCUGAAGGAGGCGCUGGAGCAAGCAGGGCUGAAGCCUGCGGACAUCGACUGUGUGGCGUACACCAAAGGUCCUGGUAUGGGUGCCCCCUUGGUAACAGUGGCUCUGGUGGCUCGCACAGUCGCACAGCUUUGGGGGAAGCCGCUCCUCGGUGUCAACCACUGCAUCGGACACAUUGAGAUGGGCCGACUCAUCACAAAAGCCGACAACCCCACCGUGCUUUAUGUUAGUGGAGGGAACACACAGGUUAUUGCAUACUCGGAGCAGCGGUACAGAAUAUUUGGGGAGACCAUUGACAUCGCGGUUGGCAACUGUUUGGACAGAUUCGCCAGAGUUAUAAAGAUUUCCAAUGACCCCAGUCCAGGCUACAACAUAGAGCAGAUGGCCAAAAAAGGGAGUCAGUACGUGGAGCUGCCAUAUACAGUAAAAGGAAUGGAUGUCUCAUUUUCUGGGAUUCUGUCCUACAUUGAGGAAGUGUCUCAUAAGAUGCUGAGCUCUGGUCAGUGUUCAGCAGAGGACCUGUGCUUUUCCCUGCAGGAGACCGUGUUCUCCAUGCUGGUGGAGAUCACUGAGAGGGCCAUGGCUCACUGCGGCUCCCAAGAGGUCCUCAUCGUCGGGGGUGUCGGCUGUAACCUGCGUCUGCAGGAGAUGAUGGGGGUGAUGUGUAAGGAGAGAGGAGCCAAGCUGUUUGCCACAGAUGAACGAUUCUGCAUAGACAACGGCGCAAUGAUUGCUCAAGCCGGCUGGGAGAUGUUUAGGUCAGGUCAGGUGACGGAGCUGGAAGACUCGUGGAUUACACAAAGGUACAGAACAGAUGAGGUGGCGGUGACGUGGAGAGCCUGAGUGACGUUGUUGCAGCAGGUCUGUUAUGACAGGUGGUACCAGAACUCCUGGCUUCUGCAGACACUUGAAUUCUGGGAAAGUUAAGCAUUUUGCUUAAGAGGCCCAGAUUAUGUUUUUUUUUUCCUCCAACAUUUCAUUAACAUAAUCCAUUUGUCUGUACUUCUACAUGUAAAGGCUUGAAUACAGCUUUUCUCCAUAAAACUAUCUGGCUGUAUUAAUUUGGUGACAGUGAUAAACAAGUUUACAGUGUGUUCAGUUAAACUGCUUUUUAUCCGUUAUCAUGCACUUAUGUUGAGGGGAACAGAAAUGUGAUUUUGAACUUUCAGCCUGUACAGUUGUAAAUCUGAACUUUAAAUAAUAAAAGAUGGAACUUA